AAAUUGCAAUAUCCACAUCAUACGUACCACAAACAUUAACUUAUAAUUCCCAAACACUUGUAAUCACUCUUACUUGAAACAUUUUUUCACCAAUAGAAAAAUUUAUAGGUCCAGAGAGAUGGCUCAUGCUAUGGCUUCUAUGGGUGGCCUAAUUGGUUCUUCUCAAACUGUCUUGGAUGGUAGCCUCCAGCUCAGUGGCUCAGCCCGCUUAAGCACUGUCAGCACUAGCAGAAUUGCCUUGUCUAGACCAGGCCUCACUGUCAGAGCCCAACAGGGGUCUGUUGACAUCGAAACUAGCCGUAGAGCCGUUAUCGGUCUUGUCGCUGCUGGCCUUGCUGGUUCCUUUGCUCAAGCAGCUUUUGCUGAAGCCAGGUCAAUUAAGGUUGGCCCCGCACCUCCUCCCUCUGGUGGAUUGCCUGGAACUUUGAACUCAGAUGAGGCAAGGGACUUCAGUUUGCCAUUGAAGGAUAGGUUUUACCUUCAACCAUUGACUCCAGCUGCGGCAGUCCAAAGAGUUAAGGAUUCAGCCAAGGAGAUUGUUAGCGUCAAGGAUUUCAUCGACAAGAAGGCCUGGCCUUACGUCCAGAAUGACCUUCGUCUCAGAGCAGAAUACCUCCGCUAUGACCUUAAGACUGUCAUCUCUGCUAAGCCAAAAACAGAGAAGGGAAAACUCCAGGACCUGUCUGGAAAGCUCUUUAAGACCAUUAGUGAUCUGGACCAUGCAGCAAAGACCAAGAACAGCGCUGAAGCACAGAAGUACUAUGCUGAUACUGUAUCUACCUUAAAUGAUGUCUUGGCCAACCUUGGCUAGAAAGCUUUUCUGUACUAUGUUAUUGCUUCCUGUAAGUUAACGAAUACUUCUUGAAUCAAUUGUGAAGAAUGAUUUUGGAAGAAUUGUUUAAAAUCUGAAACAA